AUGCCAAGGGUGCCAAGGGACUUUGGUUGCCUUGAAGAGUGUCAACAAUGGACCAGCCAAGCAAAUGAUGUGAUUUUCAGCCGGAGACUAGUUGGAAAGCUUGCCAUCCUAAAGGAUCAUCCCCGUGCAGCCACUAUCAAGGUCACAAGUGACCAUGCUACAAUCUUGUCCAUGGAUAGGGACACCUUCAAAAGACUUCUUGGUCCUUUGGAGCAUUUGAUGUCCAGCCGGUUCAGCAUGUAUUCGGAAGAGCCAAAGUCGCAAAAGCCCAUUUCUGGGGCUGACAAGAAAGCGAUUGCAAACAGUGACGAUGAGGAUGAUGAUGUUGAUGAGCUUCCCCUACCCCAGAAAAGGGCGAUGACGGCACGGAGAUCUGUUAGUGCAGAAGUUUACGGACCUUGGAACCAGAAGCCUUUUGUGCCACCAAAGCAUCCCAAAACACCUGAUCAGAUUCUACCGAAACCACAGUUGAUUGUGUUUGAGUCGCUGGAUGAGAUGGACAAAGAUGUGAUAUUACUGGCUAUGGAGAAGUGUUCAGGCUGAUGAUAGGGGAUCGACGAGUUGGUGCUUUCAUUUUGGAUUUCCAUCAUGCCUGGGAUUCACAGAUUUUUGUGGAGAGAGUGCUCACCUGCCAGGAUGUUGCCUGGGACACGGCAAGCUGGAC